AAACAACGUCCUCAGACCUCGCACACGCUCAGACGGAACCGUCCUCAGACCUCGCACACGCUCAGACGGGUCGCUGGCUCACAGAGCUCAUUCACUCAUUCACUCUUUCACUCCGAGCCCCGAAACCUGAACCUGGCGGAGCUUUCCUCUCACUCUGAUCCCCAAACCUGAGCUUUUCCUCUCACUCUGACCCCCAAACCUGAGCUUUUCCUCUCACUCUGACCCCAAACCCCGACCGGCGGAGCAGCUUUUCCACGAGUGGGGGUGUUCUGCCUGAGCUGGUUUCCUUUUCCUUUUUUUCCCCCGUCUGGGGAGAAGGGGUGAUGCUGUUGUUCGCUCACUGGGAAUGUUCUGACUGAGGCUCCAUCCCUCAGCCUUCCAGCUGGACGCUAACGCUGCCGUUGCCGCCGUUCUGCUACCUGGGGGUUCCACCGGACCAGACACACCUGAACACCGAGAUCUCACCACCGCUGCCCGACCAACCAUGAGGGUUCUGCUGCUGCUCUGCCUGCUGGUGCUCGGCAACGCCAAACCCUACCAGCCCGUCAACGUCCUGGACGUCAUGAAGAACUACGACAUCAUGAUGGCCGACGCAGGCGACGACGACGACGACGAUGAUGAGGACGAAGACGACGACGAUGACUAUGACGACUACGAUGAAGACUGUCCCACCGGCUGUCGCUGUUCACCCCGAGUGGUGCAGUGUUCGGACCAGGGUCUGAUCUCGGUUCCUGACAAGAUUCCCGAGGACACGGUGAUGAUCGACCUCCAGAACAACGACAUCACGGAGAUCAAGGAGGACGACUUCAAGGGCCUGAGCAAGCUCUACGGUCUGUUCCUGAUCAACAACAAGAUCUCCAAGAUCCAUCCCAAAGCCUUCAGGAACAUGGAGCACCUGAAGCUGCUGUACCUGUCCUACAACCUGCUGACGGAGAUCCCGGCCAACCUGCCGCCCAACGUCAUGGAGCUGCGCUUCCACGAGAACAACAUCAACCGCAUCCAGAAGGACGCCUUCAACGGCCUCAAAAAGCUGCACGUCUUGGAGCUGGGGGCCAACCCUCUGACCAACGCUGGGAUGGAGCUGGGGGCCUUCAACGGCCUGGCUACGCUGUACAUCGGCAUCGCAGAGGCCAAGCUGACGGCCGUGCCCAAAGACUUCCCAUCAUCCAUCACUGAUCUCAGCCUGAACUACAACAAGAUCUCCAAGGUGGAGGUGGAGGAUUUCAUCAGAUACAAGAACCUGCAGAGGUUAGGGCUGAGCUUCAACCAGAUCAGAUCUGUAGAAAACGGCAGCUUUGCCUCCAUCCCAAACGUCCGUGAGAUGCACCUGGACCACAACCGUCUGAGGAGAGUCCCGCCGGGCCUGAGCGGGCUGCGCUACCUCCAGGUGAUCUUCCUGCACAGCAACAAGAUCAGCAGCGUCGGCGUCAACGACUUCUGCCCCGCGGCCGCCGGCGUCAAGAAGAACCUGUACACCGGCAUCAGCCUGUUCGCCAACACCGUCAAGUACUGGAACAUCCAGCCGGCCACCUUCCGCUGCGUGACCGGCCGCCGCGGCGUGCAGCUCGGCAACUUCAGGAAGUAGGGGGACGAGACGGCGGAGGAGCGGACCUGCCGGCGUCGCCGUGGCAAUGGGGGCGGAGCUGGAGGCGUCGCUGUGGCAACCCCCCGUCCUUGUAGAACAUGUCGGAUGCUGCGGUCCCGGGUCCGGGAGCUAAACAUGAAGCCGUGAGCCGAGGCUCGAGGGAAAUGCCGCCAAAUGCCCGCCGUCUCAGCCGACGGGCUCCACGGCGCCCUCUGCUGGCGGCUUUUCAGAGUAAACCACUUUAACUGACACCGCAGGCUUCUUGGUUCGUGUUUAGUUAUAAAAUGUAGUUAAAUAGCUUUUUUUUUGCAAGGUUUUUCUUUGGUCUUUUUUUUAAAACUAUAAGAACGAAAAAAUAUAUAUUUUGACAUUUUCCUUCACGUAUCCAUUAGUACCGUAUCGGCCUGAAUAUAAGACGACCCUGAUUAUAAGACGACCCCCUCUUUUCUCAAGACUCAAGUCUGAAAAAACAUGUUUUGAACACCAAAUUCAGUUUUUAUACAGAUAAUAAUUACAGUAUAUCUGAAACAAAUGAUUAUAACAAUAUAUUUUGAGAGAAAAAGCAUGUUAUUUUGCCUCACUCAUCAUCUCCUCAACUUUUCAGCUGCCGGUUAACCUGCCGAACUUCCACCCACUUUUCUCCAGAUUGUUGCUACAUUUCUCCAUUUUCUGUUAUUUCUUCUCUUAUUGUCUUCUCUUUUCUUUCUUAAUGCUAUUUUCAUUUUUCAUUCUUCCUGACAGGAGUUAGCUUGGGCCUGGGGAGUUAAGUCCAGCAUUCGCUUUAAAGAUAUCUGGCGCCAUCUAGCGUUGUGAAUGGGUAUAACGUCUAGACCCCGAACGUAAGACGACCCCCACUUUUUAUUUCAAUGCAAAAAACACCGUCUUAUAUUGGGGCCGAUACGCUACUUCUUCAUUGUAAGGCCUUUUCUUCCCAGCAUGUUUGUGUCGUUCCUGAACAGCGCUGAUUUACGGGGAUAACUCACGAGAAGCGUCCGUCCGUCUGUACGUCCAAGUCUUAUAUUAUUAUCCUGCAGCAUCUUUGUAUUAUCUCCGGAGGCCGGAGCCUCGCGUCCUCGUAUCGGAACUGGAUCCGUCGUCGAUGUAAAUUUAUCCUCCGCAGGGCCGAGGCCGGACUCAAGUGUAAAUCAUCUCCAAUGUACCACAAACGUUUGUUUCUCUUGUCCAAAUGUACCGUGGACGAGUUCUCCCGAGUUCUCCCGAGUGAGCCGGUGGGAGCGUCUUCUGCUGAAGCUUCUCCUCCGCGUCUCCUCUCAUGUCCUCCCUUCACAAAUGGUGCUAUAUUUAUUGAGGAUGUUGUUAAUAAACCCGGAACACCUCAAA